UUUGAAAGAGUCUUCUUUGAGGAUAUCUAUAGGCUUUGAAGGAACUUGAAGUGUCGGUUUUCAAUUCUGACAAAAGCAAGGCUAAAAAAUUUAGCCAACCGUUGGAACCGAACUUGGGAAACCCUUUAGAAUCAUAUACGUUGAUAGUUGUAAUGUGGAACAUUCAUAAGCAAUUUUUUCUCGAAUAGAGAUAGUUUGAAUAUGUCUCGUGAAUUUUCUGAGUACAGCCUCAAGAAGUCGAAAUUUAUUUCAUGUUGAAGAAUUUUUUUGGGAUAGUCGAUUUUUUAGACAUCUGUCAUGGCCUCACAGUUUGGAAGUUCAGUCAAUAGAAUGCCACAAGACAACAUUGUUUCGUUGCGUAAUAUACGGAACCAAUAUUGUUCCUGCUGUGUCUAUAAUAGCCCUUUUACAUCUUAAGCGGCCAAUUAUUGGCUACUUUUAUUUGACUCGGGAGACCUUUCUUGUGUUUCAUUAGUAUUUUAAAGAUAUCAUUCGAUCUUCGAACGUAUGGAAUGCAAGCUCCAAAGCAGCAAUCUUUGGAGAGGAAAAAUUGCAAAACUCAAAAAGCCAGAAAGGUUCAUAACAAAGAAAGAUUUGAAGGGGCACUCUAGUUCCAAAUGAAGAUUGUUAUAAAAAGCAAUUGUAGUUGAUUUUUUUCAAAACAUUCAGCCUCAAAAGAAAUUCAGAUAAGGUAUGCUUCUGAGAAUACUUUCUUGUACUAAACCCACGGCCAAAUUCCUCCAAAGCUAUUUUAAAGGAAUGUAGAAUGUGCCGUAACUUGUUCCAGGGGUUCAGCAAAGAUUGCUAUUUUCAACAACAGAUACGGCGUAGAGUUGAACAGAAUCUGUUUUCCUUUCAUGAUAUCGCACAACUAUUGGAAAGGAUACUUGUUUCAGCACUUAUAGAAAAGUCUCGUAGAUUGAAAAGUCAUGUGUUACAACCGCCAGUAAAAGAAGAGAGCAAAACUUCUUUAUUUGAUAUGCGAACUAAUGUCUUUGCUUUUUAAAAUCCUAAGAAACUAGAAAUCAACGUC